GUUUAUUGGUGAGUGUGUUCCAUUUGCAGUCUUUAAAAUUUUAAAAUCCAUAUGCCUUGUAGAGAGGAGGGAUGAUAAUUUUUUUCACAGAAGGAAUUGGAAAACGUAUAAAUCUCAUAUAUUCAUGGCAUGGAGACGGGCCAAUGUCCACUGAAUCGGCAUUAAUUUUGACCAUUGACGUUUAGAGGUUUAAGUUUCUCUAUCAUGCGUGCAAAUCUCGUGAGAUCCUUUUGUUUGCAGAACCAGAUGCUUCGAUGGGGGUUAUUUUUGGAAAACUAAUCAAACAGAAAGUCUUGUAUGAUGGAGGCCAUGAUUCAUUCAUCUACCUUCCUCCUUCCCGUAAACCCAUCGGACGCUCACCAUCCUUCUGUGACCUACGCUCUUGUCCUGCUUAAUCAACGCCUCCCUAGAUUCGCUCCGCUUCUUUGGGAGCACGCACAACUACGUUUGUGUGCUGAUGGAGGCGCUAACCGUGUGUACGACGAAUUCCCUCAAUUAUUUCCUCAUGAAGAUGCUUCUGAUGUUCGAAACAGGUACAAGCCAGACCUCAUCAAAGGAGACAUGGAUUCAAUCCGAACAGAAGUACUGGAUUUUUAUACUAGCUCGGGAACAAAGGUAAUUGACGAAUCUCAUGAUCAGGACACCACAGAUCUACAUAAAUGUGUAGCGUAUAUUCAGGACUUCACACCGAACCUGGAGAAGUCUAAUCUCUGCAUUCUUGUUGCUGGUGCACUUGGUGGACGGUUUGACCAUGAGGCUGGAAAUAUCAAUGUUCUUUAUAAAUUCUCAACCAUGCACAUAAUACUUUUAUCUGAUGAUUGCCUCAUCUACCUUCUUCCAAAGACUCACCGCCAUGAGAUAUAUAUCCAAUAUUCUGUUGAGGGUCCACAUUGUGGACUCAUUCCAAUUGGAUCACCGUCUGGCAGAACUUCAACGACUGGGCUGCAAUGGGAUCUUGAUGAUACAGAGAUGAGAUUCGGUGGCUUAAUAAGUACAUCCAAUAUUGCAAAAGGAGAGAAAGUAACUGUGAAAUCUGGCUCAGAUCUUCUUUGGACGAUAUCAAUUAAAAUGAAGCCCAUAGUCUGCAAAUGUACAAGUUGUCCUUGAUCAACUUUUUUUAUUCUUGAUAGGCCAAAGGACUAUUUCCCACCCAAGGUAUGCUAUUUUCCCAAGUUUUCCCAUGUUAACUUUGAAAAUCUCAUUUAUCCACCUAUGGAUUAUUAAAAUUAACAGUUUAAAGGAUAAAAUUAUUAUUUUAUCUAUAAUAUUAAAAAUAAAUUAAAAUUUAAUCCAUUUUCCCCCAUAACCCUUAAAAACUAAUCAUUUCCCCCUAGGUCAAGUUUUAAAAAAUAGCAUUCCCCUUUAGGGUUUAGUUUUCAAUCUUCGAUGCCAAAUUCGACGACGAAGCUUUUCCAACACACCACCAUGCUCUGGUAGCCUCUCUUCCCUUAUCUGAAAUGUCAAUCGGCCUAGAUCUGGCGUUGUCUUCGUCUGGAAAGUUGAAGAGCUUCAUCAGGAGACGAAGCUCUUCGUUUUUCCAGACGAAGACGAGGUCGUCAUCUUCGUUUGGGAAGACGAAGAGUUUCAUCUCCCGACGAAACUCUUCAACUUUCUAGAUGAAGACGACCCUAGAUCUAGGCCGAUCGACGUUCCAAAGAAGAGAAGAGAGGUCAUCGGAGCAUAGUGGUGUGUCAGGAAAGCUUCGUCAUUGGCGAUGGCGUCUGGGAUUGAAAACUAAACCUUAGGGGAGGAAUGUUAUUUUUUAAAACUUGACUUAGGGGGAAAUGGUUAGUUUUUAGGGGUUAGGGGGGGGGGGGGGGGGGGAGAGAUAAAAUUUUAAGAGGUUAGAGUUCUGUUAAUUUUAACCAUUCACGGGUGGAUAAAUGAGAUUUUCAAAGUUAAUGGGGGAACUUUAAGAUUAUAGCAUACUUGGGGUGGGAAAUAGUCCUUUCGCCUUCUUGAUAAGUAAUCAUGAUCUAACUUGCUGUGGCCUGAUGCAGCAGCAAGAAAGUAGAGACCAUUUGUAUGUUUGUUUAUACUGAAAGUUGUAAUUUAUUUGUUAUAUAACUAAAUAUGAUUUACAUUUGAUGUUGGAAA